AGAGUAGCAAUGCCGCCGUAGAUAAGCUGGCAGAAUAUGGUUGCACGACACUGCACCCGUUUGCUCCCGGGAACAACAACCCAAUUCCGAUCCCUGACUCAGACAUCUAAGAAUCCUGUGGCUAUUGUGUUCCCUGGACAAGGAGCUCAAUAUGUUGGGAUGGCAGACAAGUAUCUCUCAGCCCCUGGAGCGAGGGAAGUGUUCCAAACAGCUCGCUCUAUCCUCGGAUAUGACCUUCUCAAACUCUGUCAAAAAGGACCAGAGAAAGUGCUAAAGUUGACGUAUUACUGUCAACCUGCUGUCAUGGCAACGUCUCUUGCUGCUUUACAUUGGCUUAAGAAGGAGGACCCCUCGGUUUUUGAACGCUGUGUUGCAACUGCAGGCUUUAGUGUGGGAGAAUUAACUUCUCUUGCAUUCAGUGAAGCUGUUUCUCUUGAGGAUGCGUUCAGUAUUGUAAAAGUCCGAGCGAAGGCUAUGCACGAUGCGUCGACUGAUGUGAACUCUGGGAUGAUCAAUGUUAGAGGCCUUGAAAUCCCUAAGAUCGAGGAGAUGUGUCUAGAAGCAGAGGACAUUUGCAAGAGAGAAGGGGUGGAAGGAGUUGCUGUGAUUGGGAACUAUUUGUUCCCUAACGCUGUCUCUGUCUCCGGAUCUGAUUACGCUCUCAGUCUAGUUUCAGAUUUAGCAACUCAGAGCGGAGGAAAGGCGAAGAGACUGAAGGUGGCUGGAGCUUUUCACAGCCCCCUCAUGGCUGGUGCAUCUGUGGCUCUCAGAAGAGUUCUUGUGGGUGUGCCUAUAGCUGAUCCGCUGAUACCAGUUUACAGCAAUGUAACGGGUUAUCAACAUAGCCAAUCAACUGAACUAACCGAACUGUUCUGUCAGCAGUUGCAGAUGUCGGUGAGGUGGCAGUCUCUAAUUGAGAACAUGAUCGACGAACACGGAAAAGAUUUGGAGUUCUACGAAGUUGGCCCCUCACGUCAAAUAUCAGCUAUGAUUGCCCAGAUACACCGACCUUCAAGACGUCGUACUAAAGCUACUGACUCUGGACCUAAAUUAUAGGGUUUUCUUAAGAACUCCAAUGUGGUAGUACUAGUAGGAAGAACCCAGGCUGUUAAAUUCGCCACAUUUUCGUCAAAAAGUACGGCGUAUUUAGAGUUUUCAAAAAGUACGCGAAUGAUUCGCCAAUUUACAACUUCAAGUUUAAAUUUUUAGGGCUGUUAAAUUUGCCAAAAAAUGCGCGAAAAAUUCGGUAAAAAUGCGGCUGUGUGAACGCGCAGCAGUCUCGCGUCUAUAAUCUAGUUGGAUAUGUGAAUUGUGACGUUAUACUUCAAAUCUCAAACUUACAAAUCUCGACGAGUAGACUAGACUGUGGAGGUAAUUAAGUGAUUUCAAGUUUAUUAAUAGAAGUUAGUUUACUCCGUAACGUCUUCGGGUAUGAGCUAAAUUUAACCCCUUGCGAUCUUUGUCAGUACCCACGCUAGUCACUAACCAGUAACCACGAACGUGUCGCGGGAAACGCAUGUUUUGGCAAUAUUUCACCAUACAAAGCCAACUAUCGUGAACAUUUUGAUGCGGGCAAGUGAUUUCCUGUUCCCGUAUUUUUUUAAAUGCGACAAUUUUCAGAAAAAAUUUGUAUGCGAAUUUAAUUCGAAAAAUACGUUUAGUGCGAAUUUAACAGCAUUGGGAAGAACGCUUGUUCCUAGUACAAAAUAUACUCCUUCUUAUCGGUGAUUUUUUAGAUUUUUAUAGAAUUUAUACUAUACGUUUUGUCAAAGUUUUUUGAAUUUAAAUUAUUCUGCCUAAUGUAUAAUAUCUCAAUUAUCUAUUUAACAUCAUACAGUGUCAGCAUGAUCGUGAUACUCAGCCGUUCUGGUAACUUUUUAAGGAUUUGGUUGCAGCUUACAUUGGUUGCAGCUUACAUUUUCAGGGUCCAUUAUUACUUCAUUUUUAAAGUUUGAACGUUUUUUGCGAUCCAUUUGUAUAAAUCAGCUUGAUAAAAUUUGAAAGCCCGAGUUGAGGCGAGUUUAUUUAACCGAUGUUUUGCUAAAAAGAUAGUUAUCUUCUCUACACCAAUUAUUGCUUCAAGUUCAUAA